AUGCAGUUGGCUGCAUCUCUACGGCCUGUUCUCUUGCUGUUACUUCUGCUGCUGCAGUUGAUGGCCAUUGGCGGUACUUCUUAUCUGGAGGACAAACCGCGCCCCAGUCGUGUGGUGGAGUUAACAGAUGCCAAUUUUGAUUCUAUUGUGAUGGAUCCCAGUAAAGAUGUAUUCGUGCUCUACUGUGUGCCGUGGUCAAGGCUGUGCACCACAAUGGAUAAAUUGUGGGAUGAUCUCUCUAUUAGUCAGUCAACAAAGCGGAAUGCUGAUACUUUUGUGGCUGCAAAGAUUAAUGGAGAGAAGUAUCCGGAUGUGGUUAAGCGUAUGAAUGUAAACGCCUAUCCAACAAUGCGAUACUACACGCGACUAGAUAAGGAUGGUUCAUUGGAAUACAGUAGUCUGCGUGCACUUGCUGUCCUCGACAGCUUUGUUUUUCAGAAUACAUAA